AUGGCGCUCAGCCCCCCCGAGCGGGACGCGCCGGGGCUGCCGCUGCACUCGCCGUGGACCUUCUGGCUGGACAAGUCACUUCCUGGUACAACAGCAGCUGAAUGUGCAUUAAAUUUGAAGAAGAUAUAUACAGUACAAACAGUGCAGGAUUUCUGGAGUGUCUACAACAACAUUCCUCCCGUGACAAACUUGCCUCUGAGAUGUAGCUACCAUUUAAUGCGGGGAGAAAGGCGCCCGCUUUGGGAAGAAGAAAGCAAUGCCAAAGGAGGUAUAUGGAAAAUAAAGGUCCCUAAAGAAAGUACGGCUGCAGUUUGGAAAGAGCUACUGCUAGCAACUAUUGGAGAGCAGUUUACAGAUUGUUGUGCAGCAGAUGAUGAAGUAAUAGGGGUUAGUGUCAGUGUUCGUGACCGUGAAGAUGUUGUGCAAGUCUGGAACAUGAAUUCCUCUUCAGCAAGUGAAGCAAAAGUUUUAGAAAAGAUUCAUAAACUUCUUCCACACACAUCUUUUAAAACAGUCUUUUAUAAGUCCCACAGAGAGCAUCAUGCUUUUGAAGGCUGAUGUGAAAAGCAUUGAGUGCAUUGUAUGCCAAGAUCAUUUAUUGUUAUUUGGUGUUUUAAGAUGGUCUGGACAAGGAGGAGGAUGGUGGAAGCCCUGCAGAAGUGCUACAUGGUGUUGGUCCUUUUGAGUUUCUGACAUUUCACACUGGCCUAUUGCUACUGAAAAUGAAAAAAACCCUGAACAGUUGCCUUGACCACCAAAUACAUGAUUCAUUGCUUCAUUUUGAGUUGGCAUUUUUAGUUCUUAGCUGUUUCUCUAAAAAAUAUUUUGGCCACUUGUUUGUUCACCCUGAUUAUAUUUGUUCCCAUUUCAAGAUAGUUGG